AGCGACCCGGCAGGGCCAGGGCGGAGUCGCCGGGGCACUACCAGAUGACUGGCUGUUCUGGUUGGCUGCGCCAAUAGCCUGAGCGGGGUUGCGGGUACCCGCCUUCCCACCAGGGUGGCCCCGUCCCCUUUAAGUCCCCUCUCCGCAUCCCGGCGCCCGCAAGCAGGCACUGCGGCACGAGGCAGCGGCCCGGGAGGACGGCGCGGGAGUGAAAAUGCAGUUUUUGGGGUUGGCGGUCUGUUUUGUCCUUGGGAUCCUGCAUUCCGAGGGGCCCAGAUGGGAGGUGGCAGCUGUGGAUCCUGAAGCAUACAUGAAUGUAACUGAAAUCAUCACUCACUGGGGGUUCCCUGCUGAGGAACAUGUAGUUGAGACAGAAGAUGGGUAUAUUCUGUGCCUUCACCGAAUCCCUCAUGGGAGGAAGAACAAUUUUGGCAAAGGUCCCAAACCAGCUGUCUUUCUGCAGCAUGGCUUGCUGGCAGAUUCCAGUAACUGGGUCACGAACCUUGCUAACAGCAGCCUGGGCUUCAUUCUCGCUGACGCUGGUUUUGACGUGUGGAUGGGGAACAGCAGGGGGAACACCUGGUCUCGGAAACACAAGACUCUUUCACCUUCUCAGGAUGAAUUCUGGGCCUUCAGUUUCGAUGAGAUGGCAAAAUAUGACCUACCAGCUUCAAUUAACUUCAUUCUGAAUAAAACUGGCCAAGAAAAAGUGUAUUAUGUGGGUCAUUCUCAAGGCACCACACUAGGUUUUAUAGCAUUUUCACAGAUCCCUGAACUGGCCAAAAGGAUUAAUGUGUUUUUUGCAUUGGCUCCUGUGGUUUUAACUAUCUUCUGUGAGAGCCCUCUAUCCAAAUUAGGAAAAUUUCCAGAUAUUCUCCUUAAGGAAUUAUUUGGACACAAAGAAUUUCUUCCUGAGAAUAUUGUUACGAAGUGGCUGGGUACCCACGUUUGCACCCAUGUCAUUCUGAAGGAGCUCUGUGGAAAUAUAUUUUUUCUUCUGUGUGGAUUUAAUGAGAAGAAUUUGAAUAUGUCGAGAGUGGAUGUGUAUGCAACACACUCACCUGCUGGAACUUCUGUGCAGAACAUGUUACACUGGGGCCAGACUGUUAAACUUCAAAAGUUUCAAGCCUUUGAUUGGGGAAGCAGUGCCAAAAAUUAUUUUCACUACAACCAGAGUUUCCCUCCCUCAUACAAUGUGAAAGACAUGCUUGUGCCCACCGCGGUGUGGAAUGGAGGUCAGGACUGGCUUGCCGAUGACAGCGAUGUCAACAUGUUACUGACUCAGAUCACCAACUUGGUGUACCACAAGCGCAUUCCCGACUGGGAACAUCUUGACUUUAUCUGGGGCCUGGAUGCUCCUUGGCGGCUAUAUAGUGAAAUUAUCAAUCUGAUGAGGAAGUACCAGUGAAAGCCAGACUUGAGAUGCACGUCACCAAGUCACAAGAAAACGUGUUUGCUUCGUUGCUUAAAAUACUUGGUUUUCCUUUCCCAGGUCUUUUAUAUUUUUAUAUGCAAGAAAAUUAUGACUCUGAAGAUGCCCAAUUCUCUCUAGUUAGGAUGAAAACGCACUGGCUCUAUUUUGUUUAAUUAUGGCCGAACCUGAAGCUAGUGUCUCAACCAUAACGUUGUCAUUUUGGUUUUUUUAAACAAAUAUCACAGACAUAUGAAAAGACUAUUAAAACCAUUCUGUUUUUCCUUACAAUUUAAAAGCUAUUAUGUCUUGACACUUAUUCAGGACAAAUUAACACACAUUUUAACAUACAUUUAACACAAAAAUUUAACAUACAUUUAACACACAAAUUUAACAUACAUUUAAACUGUAUUGGUUGAUAUUAAAUAAUGUCACUAACUUAAACAUGGGUAUGAAAGUAUUCAAUUUUCAUCUCCUUGCCUUAAAGUGCUCUCCAGUCCAAUAGGCUUGUAUUUUGGGAUGCAAAUGCUGCUUUUUCAUAUUUUUAUGCAGGAGGUACCUAGUCAAACCCGGUGAUAUCCUAGCUGUGCCAGUAAUAAAUAUUCUGUAGUAAGUUUCAUUCAAUAUAAGUGACAAAUGUUUAGCAAAUGUUUAAAUCGCUCAGGUAAAGCAAAAGUUGGCUGGAGUCUUCAAAAACAGAUUGCACUGUUUUAAAAAGUCUGUGUUAUAAAUAGCUUGAAGACUGGUACAUUCAACUGUUUUUGUUCAUGAACUCUAGAUUAUGUGGCAGGCCAUAAUUCUACCUGUCAAAGAAGAAAAAUCCUGUGGAAGAGACUUCACCACUAUUUUUUCCUGACACCAACGAACUCUGAACCAACUGCUGCAACUCAGUGAGGACAUCUGUGUGAAGUCCUGUGGCCUCUAUGGAAAAUGUUCUCGUUCAUUUUCACUCAAAUGACAGGUUAAUGUGAAUGUUUUCAGAUUCAACUUCAGCUCAGGAAUUCACUUUACCUUUUUAGUUUUGUUUGUAGCCUUAUUUUUUAAAAAGCCUGCUCUGCAUUAUAUGUAUCUGCUUCGCUUCCUUUCCUCACAAUACUGUCAGAUGGACAGAAGGACUGAGUGACUGAUGUUCCGACACAGUUAGCGACAAUAACAAUUCUUGCUCUGUUGGCUAACAACUGCAGGCAGACUAAUAAUGCUUGUAACAUUUACCAGAUCUUAUUUAAACUUUUCAAUAAAACUCAGUGAGCCUCAUGGGCCUGAAGGA